AAUCAAAAUGAGCGACUUAUGUCGAAACUUUAGCGAAAAUAUGAACGGCUUGUCUACUAGUCUUUUGGAUGCAAGGAAUGGAGAAUGAGGGCUCUGAGGAUAUGGACAUUUCAAGCCUCAUGCUAUUUCUAUAGAAAGGGGUUUUCAAUAUAAUGGAUGAUUGAAGGAAGAGAAUUGAUUAGAGGAAUGUAGUGACAUUAUGCAAAAUUGGAGCUGUUUUGGGAUUGUAGACUCGUCUCUCUUGUAUAAAACCCUCAAAAAUCAAGUGGAUCAGAUGGAAACGAAAUUUAUAGAAGAGAAAACUAAUGAAAUUACUAGAGAUUUUAAGAAGAAAUUUAGAAGUGGAAGUAAACCGGAAAUUGAAGAAAAAUGUCAAGUUCAGAAAGAACUUAGCUUAAGAGUUUCGGAGGAAGAUGAUACUGCAGAUUCAUGACUAAAAGAAUCUAGAGCAAAUAAAUUUGGCUCAAAAACAGGAACUAGAGUACAAAGCAAACCCCGGGUUAGAGCCGAUGCGAAAAUUAAAAAGGUCUUUCGGAUUACCAGGAAGCAUAUAAAAUAAGCUCUUCAAAUCAAUGAACUCAAAAAUCAUCCAGAAAAGAUAUGUCAACUGAAGCCUCGACAAGAUAUAUGAAAGGAUGAGGCUUACUCUGCAAAGCAUCAUCUCUGAAGAGCUUCUUGCUGAUGACUUGGUCUACUAUACAAUCGGAAUUCUAGGUAUCAAGAAGCCUUCUGAAUUGAACUAUAAAAGAAAGAUACAAGGAGAGAUUUCCCAGUUCAAUGAGACUAAUACGAAGUUCACCUAUAAGAAACUGGAGAAAACACUGCAAUCUGACAGUCUCAGAGUACUGCUGAGAUACAUGGUCUCCCAGGUAGAUGUAUCUAUGGCUGAAACACUCGAGAAUAUUCUAGACUUACAGUAAAGAGCCACCAUGUUGAUACCUCCCAUUUCUCGGUGAAGCAAAGAGGACA